AUGUCAAACAAUUUAAAUAAAAAACAAGAAGAAGAAGAUUUUUUUAAUGUAUUAAAUCUAUCACCACCUUCAAAUACGAAUAACAUAAAUAAUUAUAAUGGUCAACAAUUAAAUUCUGAUAUAAUAAAUUUUGAUAAUAAUAAUAAUUUUGAUAAAAGUUCAAAUACUAAUAUACAAUUUCCAAAUGGGUUUUAUGAUAAUAAUGAAGUUAAUGAUAUUGGAAUGGAAAAUCUAAGAAAUUUUGAUGAUAAUAAUAGUGAUUUUAAUGAUCAAAUAAAUUUUUUCAAAUCUCAAAUUGAUGAUCAAGAUUUUAAUGGUAAUAAUUAUCCACACAAUAAUAUUAACAUCAACAACGAUAAUUACGAGAAUAACAAUUUGAAUCCAUAUAUAAGUCAUAAUGCUUCUGAGAUUUCAUUAAAUACUCAAAAUAUUCAAGGUUACAAUAACCACAAUCAACACAAUAACAAUGGUCAUAACAAUGAUAUUCUACAGCAAAGUAAUUUUUUACAAGUAAAUCAUGAUAAUAACUUUUUAAAUCCACAUUCACCUCACCAAUACUCAACUCAAUCAUUGUACUCAGAUAACUCAUCACAACCAGCUUCACCUUUUCUUGAUGCAACAUCUCAAUUUAGUAAUAAUAAUUUGUUUCCUCCAGAAGUCCCUACUGCAUUUUCCGAUGUAGGUUCCAUACAUGGUGGCCAUUCUUCAACAAAUUUAGUACAAAGUAAUUAUGAACCUGAGAAUAACAAUAACAAUGAUACCUUUUUACAAACUGAAAUUGCAUUGGGAGAAUCUAUAAGUUCAACUAAUUUAGCAUCCAUGCCGGACUCAAAUUAUCAAAAUAAUCAACUACAGUUACAACUUCAUCAACAGCAACAACAACAGCGACAAAUGCAAUUGCAAUCAAUGGAUCAAUAUGAUGAAUUCCAACAAGGUAUAACGUUUAAUUCACAUCCCCAGUAUUCUUUGUUUGCACAACAACAACAACAACUGCAGCAACAAAACCAACAUCAACAGCAGAGUAUCCAAGAAGAUAUCAAAGUAAAAGCAGAAAAAAAUCAAUAUACCUUCACAAAUAAUCAACUAGGAUUUGACUUUGAUAUUACUAUAACACCACCAGCUCAACCUGACAACAGCAAAAAUCAAUUUGAAAAUCAAUUAGAAAACCAAUUAACUGAAAACAAUUUAUCAAGCUAUAACGAUCAACAAACUAAGCAAGAAUAUAUAAAAAAAGAUCCAUCAGGUAUUGUAAUAUCCAUACAACAAGCACCAGAAGAAAUCGCCGCAAGAACUCCUUCAUUAUUUAGUAAUUCAUCAGCCAAUUCCUCAGUCAAUAAUUUAUCAAGACAAAAUAGUAAUCAACAAAAUGAAAAACUGCCUAAUAAUAAUAACUUGGUUCCCAAUUCCCAAGUUCUACCGUCUUCGCCAAAUUCAGUCAAUGAAGAAGACAAAGAUUUAUUAAAUCUUGAUUAUCAAUCAAUAAAAAGAGGUAGAAGAAAAAGUAGAAGCAAAAAUUCAAAAUCAUCAAAUAGUUUAUUACCAAGACCAAGAUCAAGAUCAUCUAAGUCAAGAAGUGGAGGAAGUAUUAGUGGCAAUGAAGAUUUUGAGGAUGACGAUGAAGAAGGAGAAGAACACGAAAAUCAAGAUUCAACUUUACAAGUAUCUUCAAGAGAGAAGAUGUUGGAAUUAGCAUCACCAAAUCAAUCAUCAAGAAGAACUCAAAAACAUCCAAGUGUUUUUGCUUGUCAUUUAUGUGAUAAAAGAUUUACAAGACCAUAUAAUUUAAAAUCUCAUUUGAGAACUCAUACAGAUGAAAGACCAUUUAUAUGUAGUCAAUGUGGUAAAGCAUUUGCAAGACAACAUGAUAGAAAAAGACAUGAAGAUUUACAUAGUGGUGAAAAAAAAUUUCAAUGUAAAGGUUUUUUAAAAAAUGGUGAAAGUUAUGGAUGUGGUAGAAAAUUUGCAAGAGCUGAUGCAUUGAGGAGACAUUUUCAAACUGAAGCUGGUAAAGAAUGUAUAAGAUCAUUAAUUGAGGAAGAAGAGGAAGAGAAAAGAAAUGGAGGUGGAGGUGGUGAUAGUUCAAAUCAAGUGUUUUUAAGUCCUGAAUCUACUUCUAUACCUCAAGUAGCUAUAUCACCACCAGAAUGA